AUGCAAGUCCAGAAGGCUGUUGUUGUUAGCACAGCUGUUUUCGCAUCCACUGCCAUGAGUGCUUAUAUUGCAGGAGAAUCAUGGUCUGCUUUGUCUCCUGAUAAAGUUUUCGAGGGAGGUUUGACUGAUUAUGGAUCCACGUUUGGUAUUGCUGUGGUUCCCGUAACGCCCAGGGUCUUCCAAGGCCGUGCCACUACUGUUGUUAAAAAGAGAGAUAUGUCUGCUGUUUCUCAGAUUAAUGAUGGUCAGGUCCAAUCCAACUCUAAAAGUGUCCCUGCCGCGGGCGCUGUAGCCCAGAUCGGUGACGGACAGGUGCAAGCGAUUACUUUGAAACAACCAAGCCCUGCUCCAGUGGUUGAAGGUCAAGAUCAAGGCAAACAUUGUCCAACUGUAGCAGAGCUUGAGAAUAUUCUUGCUUCUGCAUCUGCAGAAAGGGACCCCACUGAUCCUAUUAACGCGUAUUCGUAUAGAUAUGAAGGUACUUUGGAGAUGACUUUAAGUGACUCUGUAUUGCGCGAUGCCCACGGAAGAAUCGGCUCCAUUGUUGCAAGCAGACAGUUUCAAUUCGACGGUCCCCCACCACAGGCCGGUGCAAUUUACGCCAAGGGCUGGUCUUUGACCCCAGAUGGUAACUUGGCUUUAGGUGACAGCGACGUUUUCUACAGGUGUCUAUCUGGUAACUUCUAUAACUUAUAUGACCAAUCCAUUGGCGGCCAAUGUUCUCCAGUCCAGCUACAAGCGAUCAAUUUGAUUACUUGUUAA